GGAGCAGGCGGCGGGUCGUAGCGGAGGAGAGGACGUGGCAGUGAAGCCAGGGUGCUGCGAGCGCUGGACAGACAGCUGGCUGAACACAAAGACAUCAGCAGGUUGGUGAUGCAGCUCAGCUCCAUCGUGUCACACCUGAAAGCUCAGGCUGCUGAAACCCUGAAUGACCUCGGCCACUUCUCCACCCUGUGGAACCAGGACCCAGAGGACCAGGUGCAGGCCUUCCUGCAGUCCGACCCCUCCCUGACGGAGUUCAGCGCUCAGAUCUGCUUCUACUCUAGGCUGGAGGAACAGAUUUCGGAGCUCCCUGCGAUUUACACAGCGGGUUCGAUCCUGUUGGACACCGACCAGCUGAAGCGUUCGCUCACUCACGAGUGUCGCUCCUGGAAACGAGCUUUCGGCGCCGCUCUGAACCGCCGAGCGUCCGCCGACAUGAACGACAUCCUGUCGUUCGUGGACGCGCUCACGAAGCGUCUGCAGCGUCCAAUCUCAGACCUGGAUGAUGUCAGAGCAGCCAUGGCUGCACUCAGAGAGGUUCGGGAGGCGGAGUUUCGCAUCGACGCCACCAUCGGGCCGCUGGAGGAAUCCUUCGCCCUGCUCAACAGACACGAGCUGCUCUACGGUGACGGGAACGGCGAGCGCGUGGACGGCCUGAUGUACGCCUGGAAAAACCUCACUCACCUGGUGGUGCAGACCCAGAACACUCUGGUGCAGAUUCAGCCCAGCAUGAAGACAGACCUGCUGUCUGCAGUGCAGAGCCUCCAGAGCCAGGCUCAGAGCUUCUGCACCGACUACAACCAAAGGGGCCCGGGGGUGGAGGGCGUGGCCCCGGCUGAAGCCAGCGAGCGGCUGCAGAGUUUUCAGGCCGAGUUCGAUCAGCUGUGGAGGAAGUACACCACCUGCUCAGGUGGAGAGGAGCUGUUCGGGCUGCCUGUGAACGAGUAUCCGGAGCUGCAGAGGAUCCGGAGGGAGCUCUCCCUGCUGUCCAAACUCUACAGUCUGUACAGCUCGGUCACCGACAGCGUCGCCGGCUACUACGACAUCCUGUGGGCCGACCUCAACAUCGAGAAGAUCAGCGCGGAGCUGCAGGACUUCCAGAACAGGAUCAGGAAGCUCCCAAAGGCCCUGAAGGAGUGGCAGGCCUUCAGAGAUCUGAAGAAAACCAUCGAUGACUUCACAGAGACGUGUCCUCUGCUCUACAUGAUGGCCAACAAGGCGAUGCUGCACAGACACUGGACUCGUCUCAGCGAUGUGACCGGUCACAGCUUCCAGGUGGACUCUGACAGUUUGUGCCUGAGAAACAUUAUAGAGGCUCCGCUGCUGAAGCACAGAGAGGACAUCGAGGACGUUUGCAUCAGCGCGGUGAAGGAGCGCGACAUCGAGGCCAAGCUGAAGGACGUGGUGGCCGAGUGGAGCAGCCACACGCUCAGCUUCGCCACCUUCAGGAGCAGAGGAGAACUGCUGCUGAAAGGAGCCGAGACCACAGAGAAAAUCUCCACGAUGGAGGACAGCCUGAUGGUGCUGACGUCCCUGCUGAGCAACAGGUACAACGCUCCGUUCAAGCCCUCCAUCCAGCUGUGGGUGCAGAAACUCUCCAACACCUCAGAGAUCAUCGAGAAGUGGCUGUCGGUUCAAAACCUCUGGAUCUACCUUGAAGCGGUGUUUGUGGGUGGAGACAUCGCCAAGCAGCUGCCUCAGGAGGCCAAACGUUUCCAGAACAUCGACAAGUCGUGGCUGAGGAUCAUGCAGCGAGCGCACGAGGUUCCCAACGUGGUGCAGUGCUGCGUGGGAGACGAGAUGCUCAGCCAGCUGCUUCCUCACCUGCUGGAGCAGUUGGAGCUCUGUCAGAAGUCUCUGUCCGGUUACCUGGAGAAGAAACGGUUGGUGUUCCCUCGUUUUUUCUUCGUGUCCGACCCCGCCCUGCUGGAGAUUCUGGGCCAAGCCUCUGACUCACACACUAUACAGGCUCAUCUGCUCAGUCUGUUCGAUAACGUUAACAGAGUUGUUUUCAAUGAGAAAAUCUACGACCAGAUGAUCAGUUUCCAGUCCCAAGAAGGAGAAACUGUGGAGCUGAGGCAGCCAGUCCUGGCACAGGGGAAUGUGGAGGUGUGGUUAGGAGAGCUGCUAGCUGGGGUGAGGGGAACCCUUCAUGCUAUCAUCUGUCAGGCUUACCUGGCCAUCAGUGACUCCGCCUUUAAGCUGCUGGAGUUCCAGUCGGCGUUCCCGGCUCAGAUUGGCCUGCUGGGAAUCCAGAUGAUCUGGACGAGAGACGCAGAAGAAGCACUCGUCCUCAGCAAGUCUGACAAGAAGAUCAUGCAAACCACCAAUCAGAAGUUCCUGAACCUCCUCAAUGAGCUCAUCGACAUGACGACUCGAGAGCUGAGCAGGAACGAGAGGACCAAAUAUGAGACGCUGAUCACCAUCCACGUCCACCAGAGAGACAUUUUCGAUGAUCUGGUGAGGAUGAACGUGCGGUCGGCUUCAGACUUCGAAUGGCAGAAACAGUCGAGGUUUUACUUCCUGGAGGAGACGGACAGAUGUGUCAUCCAGAUCACAGAUGUGGAGUUCAGCUACUGUAAUGAAUACCUGGGCUGCACAGACAGGCUGGUCAUCACCCCACUGACAGACAGGUGUUACAUCACUCUGUCCCAGGCUCUGGGGAUGAGUAUGGGCGGAGCUCCGGCCGGACCAGCAGGAACCGGUAAAACGGAGACCACUAAAGACAUGGGUCGCUGUCUGGGGAAGUAUGUGGUGGUCUUUAACUGUUCGGACCAGAUGGACUACAGAGGACUGGGACGCAUCUACAAAGGUCUGGCUCAGUCCGGAGCCUGGGGCUGCUUCGAUGAGUUUAACCGCAUCGAGCUGCCGGUGCUUUCUGUCGCCGCCCAGCAGAUCUACAUCGUGCUGCAGUGUAAGAAGAACAAGAAGAAGCAGUUCGUCUUCACCGACGGAGACGUGGUCGACAUGGAUCCCGAGUUCGGCAUCUUCCUCACCAUGAAUCCCGGUUAUGCCGGCCGUCAGGAGCUGCCGGAAAACCUGAAGAUUCAGUUCCGCACGGUAGCCAUGAUGGUCCCGGACCGAGCCAUCAUCAUGAGGGUUAAAUUGGCCAGUGCUGGUUUCCGUGACAACCAGGUCCUAAGCAGGAAGUUCUACACCCUCUACAAACUGUGUGAGGAGCAGCUGUCCAAACAGGUCCAUUAUGAUUUCGGUCUGAGGAACAUUUUGUCGGUUUUGAGGACGUUGGGAGCUGUGAAGCGAUCUAACCCGUCAGAACCAGAGAAGACCGUGGUGAUGAGGGUCCUGAGGGACAUGAACCUCUCCAAAUUGGUGGACGAGGACGAGCCUCUGUUUAUGAGUCUGAUCAAUGACCUGUUUCCUGGCAUUGUUCUGGAUAAAGCCGGUUAUCCAGACUUGGAGUCGGCCAUCUUUAAUCAGGCUCAGCAGGCCGGUCUGAUCCCUCACCCGCCCUGGAUCCUCAAACUGGUCCAGCUCUAUGAGACGCAGAGAGUCCGACAUGGUAUGAUGACGCUGGGUCCGAGCGGUGCUGGGAAGACGGCGUGCGUCCACACGCUGAUGAAGGCCAUGUCUGAGUGCGGCUCGCCCCACCGAGAGAUGAGGAUGAACCCGAAAGCCAUCACAGCCUCGCAGAUGUUCGGCAUGCUGGACGUGACCACCAACGACUGGACGGACGGCAUUUUCUCCACACUGUGGAGGAAAACUCUGAAAGGCAAAAAGGGGGAAUACAUCUGGAUUGUGCUGGAUGGUCCGGUUGAUGCCAUCUGGAUCGAGAAUCUGAACUCUGUUUUAGACGACAACAAAACUCUGACGCUGGCGAAUGGCGAUCGAAUCCCCAUGGCUCCCUGCUGCAAGAUUGUCUUUGAGCCCCACAACAUCGACAACGCCUCCCCAGCCACCGUGUCCAGGAACGGGAUGGUGUUCAUGAGCUCGUCAGUGCUCAGCUGGAGGCCCGUCCUGCAGGCCUGGUUACAGAAACUAGCAGAGCAGCAGGCCAGCGCUCUGAAACACUGCUUCGACUGCUGCUACCAGGACUUGUUGGACUUUGUCUUCACUGCUGUGUCCCCUAAGAUGCAGGUGCUGGAGUGUAUGUACAUCAAACAGACUAUUGACCUGCUGCAGGGUUUGCUCCCCGCAGCGCAGGACAAACAGGGUGGCCAUGAUCAUGUGGGACGCAUGUUUGUCUUUGCGGUCAUGUGGUCUCUGGGUGCACUGCUGGAGCUGGAUGACAGAGCCAAGAUGGAGGCCUUCCUGAAGGCCCACAGCUCAUCUCUGGACCUGCCACCCACUCAGGACAACCAGACCAUCUUUGAGUUCACCGUCAGCGAGCAGGGACACUGGGAGCACUGGUCCAACAAGGUCCCAGAGUAUGUCUACCCCAAAGACCACGUCCCUGACUACUCGUCCAUCCUGGUUCCCAACGUAGACAACGUGAGGACGGACUUCCUGAUGCAGACCAUCAUGAAGCAGAGGAAGGCCGUGCUGCUGAUCGGAGAGCAAGGAACAGCCAAGACCGUCAUGAUUAAAGGCUACACUGGAAGGCUCGACCCAGAGCUCCACCUCAGUAAGACGGUGAACUUCUCUUCGGCCACGCUGCCCGGCAUGUUCCAGAGGACGCUCGAGAGCUACAUCGACAAACGCAUGGGCACCACCUACGGGCCGCCGGCCGGACGCAGGAUGACCGUCUUCAUAGACGACAUCAACAUGCCCGUAAUCAACGAAUGGGGCGACCAGAUAACCAAUGAGAUCGUGCGUCAGCUGAUGGAGCAGGGAGGUUUCUACAGCCUGGAUCGUCCAGGAGAGUUCAUCACUGUGGUGGAUGUUCAGCUGGUGGCAGCCAUGAUUCACCCCGGCGGCGGUCGGAACGACAUCCCUCAGCGUCUGAAGCGCCAGUUCUCCAUCUUUAACUGCACGCUGCCCUCCAACUCCUCCAUCGAUAAGAUCUUUGGCACUGUGGCUCAGGGCUACUUCUGCCCAGAGAGAGGCUUCCCCGGCCCGGUGUGCCAGCUCGCCGCCGCCCUCGUCCCCACCACCAGGCGGGUGUGGCAGGCCGUGAAGGCGAAGAUGUUACCGUCUCCUGCAAAGUUUCACUACAUCUUCAACCUGCGUGACCUCAGCAGAAUCUGGCAGGGGAUCCUCACGGUGAAGUCGGAGGUGUGUCAGAGCUCUGAGCUCCUCUCAGCUCUCUUCCAUCACGAGUGCUGCAGAGCGAUCGCCGAUCGAUUUGUCGACAGCGGCGACAGACGAGCGUUCGGCAGCAUCGUGGAGGCGGUCACAGUGGAGGAUCAUGGGAGAGCUCUGACUGAGCAUGCUCAGUGGAACAGCUGCUUUGUGGACUUCCUGCGUGAAGCCCCGGAGGCGACGGGAGAUGAACCUGAAGACGCUGAGCUGGAGGCUCCGAAGGUGUACGAGCCAAUCCCAUCGCUGGACCUUCUGGCAGAGCGGCUGUCGGCUUUUCAGCAGCAGUACAACGAGGCGGUGAGAGGCGGAGCCAUGGAUCUGGUCUUCUUCAAGGACGCGAUGAUCCACCUGAUGAGGAUCUCACGCAUCCUGAGGACGCCACAAGGAAACGCCCUGCUGGUCGGGGUGGGAGGGUCGGGGAAGCAGAGCCUGACGAGGCUCGCGUCAUUCAUCGCAGGAUACCAAACCUUCCAGAUCACACUGAGCAG